AAGUGUUUUAGCGACAUGACAGCAUGUCGUGUAGCGCGACUUCCGGUCAGGACCGGAAGUGACAGCAGGCUCUCAGCUGUCAUGGCUGAAAAGAGGAAAGUUUUGGGGCUUCCACUGCUCGUUUUGUUGAUUUCUGUGUCUCUCCUGCAUUUAUUCAUCUGCCCGUUCACCAAGGUCGAGGAGAGCUUCAACCUACAAGCAGCGCACGACAUUCUAUAUCACAGACUUGACUUUGACAAGUAUGACCACCAUGAGUUCCCUGGUGUGGUGCCACGGACUUUCCUUGGCCCCCUUUUCCUCUCCGUGCUCUCCUCCCCCGUUGUGUUUGUGUCCUCGCUGCUGGAUGCACCCAAAUUCUACACACAGCUGAUCGUCCGAGCUUCCCUGGGAGUCUGCGUUAUCGGUGCACUGUGGCACAUGCAGAAAGAGGUGAGGAGGCAGUUUGGCUCCACAGUUGCAGGGCUCUUCUGUUUGACAUGUGCGUCACAGUUUCACCUGAUGUUCUACAGCACCAGGACACUCCCUAAUGUAUUUGCACUUCCAAUAGUUCUUGUAGCGUUCACAUCUUGGAUGGCUCAGAAAUAUGGCCGCUUCAUCAGCCUCUCUGCUUUAGUCAUCAUCGUGUUCCGGUCGGAGCUCAGCAUCUUCAUGGGUCUCAUGUUGUUGAUAUCACUGCUGAGCAGGAAGCUGGGGCUGCUACAGCUGCUUUACUACGCGGUUCCUGCCGGGAUCUUGUCCCUGGCUCUGACAGUGGCUGUUGACUCCUUCUUUUGGGGGAAGCUCCUGUGGCCUGAAGGUCAAGUUUUGUGGUUCAACGCUAUUCUCAACAAAAGUUCCAACUGGGGAACCUCCCCCUUUCUCUGGUACUUCUACUCUGCUGUGCCCCGGGCCCUGGGCUGCACGCUGCUCUUCGUCCCCCUCGGCCUUCUCGACAGGCGGAUGAGGCUGCUGAUGUUUCCUACCGUCGGCUUCAUCCUCAUCUACUCGCUGCUGCCCCACAAGGAGCUGCGCUUCAUCAUAUACAUUUUCCCAGUGCUCAGUUUGGUGGCGGCCCGAGGCUGCUCUUUCAUUUUGUGCAACUACCAGAAAUCCUGGAUGUACAAACUGGGCUCUGUGGUUGUGGUUGGCCAGCUGUUGACCAACGCAGCGUACUCUAGCAUCUGUCUCUAUGUUUCCCAUCACAACUACCCAGGGGGCCGCGGGAUGCAGGAACUCCACAAGCUGUUGCCAGCAACUGCAGACGUGUUUGUUCAUAUUGACACCUACGCUGCUGAAACUGGAGUGUCACGGUUCUUGGAGCAAAACAGAAACUGGAGAUAUGACAAACGUGAGGACAUGAAUCCAUCAAACCCUGAAAUCAAGAUGUACUCUCAUCUGCUAAUGGAGGCUGAUGUUACCAAAAUACAUCAACUCCAGGACACUCACCAGCCUCUGGCCUUCAUGGAAGGUUACAGCAACACCGCCUUCAACGUGUUUCACUUCCCUCCAGUCAGUGUGCGACUGGAGAGAAAAACUGUGCUGAUGAAGAGGAAGACUGAAGCCUGGCCUCAAAGAGAGUGACUUUUACAGGAGUGCUGUGUUGGAUUCAGACGUUUAUCUUGGUGACCAAAUGUGACAGUUGUGGACCAGUGUUUUCACAGGUUAUAAUAGUAUAGACUGGAAUGUAAAGGGUAUUUUUCCAGAUUCGUUUCUAUUCCACUAUAGAUUAACUGCUAAAAUGUGCUCCACCACUGGGUGAACAUGUUGAACUGGAAUAACACCGUCAUGCAUCUUUGCUGGUGUUUCAAAUAUUCAACCAGUUCAAAUGGUUCUCUAUGCUAAUGCUAAGACUGGUAUUGGAGUGGUCAUACACAUGGAUUGCAAGAAAAAAAAUGCUUUCAUAUGAAACAAUUUUAUAAUCUGAAGUUUAUAUAUUAUUUACCUCAGAUUGUCAUUUGUAUAUUGUGUAUUAUAGCUGAAUAAAGCUGAAUGUGAAGACGGCAA